AGUGCGGUAGAUUGGAGCACCUCAGUGGUUUAGGCCGCCUGUGAGACUGGAUCUCACCCCCUCCCAGUACCCUUCCUCCGGAGAUCCCUCUUGGCCUGUCUAGCUUAUACACAUUUUCCGAUUUCCUGUGAGCCUCCGCCCUGCAGCAGCGGCAGCGAGGUGACUCAGGACCCCGGUGGCCAGCAGGCCCCCAGCUCUGUGAGAGCUUUGUUUGCUCUGGCCUUCUGGCUUGGGGCGGCCAAAGGAUUUCCUGAGCCUCGCCCUUGCCCUCUGACAGCUAAGGCAGGACCAGCCAACCUAGCUGAGGCCUGGGGCUGGGGGAUUGGGGGGCCCCUAAACUGAGUAGCCAUUCUUCUUUCAUGGGUCUUAGGAGAUGGAACACAGAAAGCCUAGGACUGGCCAGAGAGCCCCCGAGGAUGAGAAAGAGAUGAUCCGUCGAGCUAUCCAGAAGGAGUUGAAGAUCAAGGAGGGCAUGGAGAACAUGCGUCGUGUGGCCACAGACCGACGCCACCUGGGCCACGUGCAGCAGCUGCUCCGGGCCUCCAACUGCCGCCUGGAGCAGCUGCACGGCGAGCUUCGGGAGCUGCAUGCCCAAGUUUUGCUGCCAGCCUCAGCCCACGAGCCAGUGACCUCAGGACCCCAGCCACGGGCAGAGCAGUCGAGGGCUCGGCUCCUGGAGGCCUUACAUAGGCAGCUGCAGGUAGAGCUGAAGGUGAAACAGGGGGCUGAGAACAUGAUUCACACGUGUGCCAGCGGCACCCCCAAGGAGAGGAAGCUCCUGGCAGCUGCCCAGCAGAUGUUAAAGGACAGUCAGCUGAAGGUGGCCCUACUCCGAAUGAAGAUAAGCGGUCUGGAGGCCAGUGGGUCUCCAGAGCCAGGCCCUGACUUGCUGGCAGAGGAGUUGCAGCACCGACUGCGAAUAGAGGCUGCUGUGGCUGCAGGUGCCAAGAAUGUGGUGAAGCUGCUUGGUGGCCAGAGAAUGCAGGACCGCAAGGCACUGGCCGAGGCUCAGGCCCAGCUCCAGGAAUCCUCCCAGAAGCUGGACCUCCUACGGCUGGCCCUGGAAUUGUUACUGGAGAGGUUGCCUCCCACCCACUCUCUUCGCAGCAGGGUGACCCGAGAACUGCGGAUGGCCAUGCUUGGGAACCCCCAGCCUUUGGGGACACUUGUGAAACCCAUUGCCCUGACAGGGACACUGCAGGUUCGCCUCCUGGGCUGCAAAGAACUGCUGGCAACUGUGCCCGGACGGUCUCCCAUGGCUGUCCUGGCAGCUAGCCCUUCUGAGGGCUGGCUCCGAACCAGGUCCAGGCAGCAGCGUGGUGGAGGCGAACUGGCCAGUGAAGUACUGGCUGUGUUGAAGGUUGACAAUCGUGUUGUGGGCCAGACAGGAUGGGGAUUGGUGGCUGAGAAAUCCUGGGACCAGGCUUUUAGCAUCUCCUUGGACCGAGCUCGUGAGCUGGAGAUCGGGGUUCACUGGCGGGACUGGCGACAGUUGUGUGGUGUGGCAUUCCUGAAGCUUGAGGACUUCCUUGACAAUGCCUGUCACCAGCUUUCUCUCAGUCUGGUGCCGCAGGGACGGCUCUUUGCCCAGGUGACCUUCUGUGAGCCUGUCAUUGAAAGGAGGCCGCGGCUGCAGAGACAGAGACGCGUUUUCUCUAAGCGGAGAGGCCAGGAUUUCCUAAGAGCUUCCCAGAUGAACCUCAGCAUGACGGCCUGGGGGCGCCUCAUCAUGAGCUUGCUACCCCCCUGCAGCUCCCCGAGCACAGUCAGUCCCCCUAAAGGGUGCCCUUCGGCGGCGGCCUGUGAGACCUCCAAUUCUGCUUCUCCCAGGUGAGCCAGAGUGUGCGCCUCUCUGAGGCUUCUAUCCCCCUCUCUGCCCUUCCGCAUGGUCAUGCGCCUCCCUGCUCCAUGUGACUGGGCUCAGACAUUUCCUUCUUACAGUAACUUCCGGCCCGUGAAGACUCCCCCAGGAGAAGACGUGAAACCUCCACCCAAGCCCCCACGCCUCUAUCUGCAGGAACCAGCCCCCGGGACUCCUUGUACCAAGCGCCCCCACAUGGACCCUAGAACUGGAGUAGCGCCUCCUCUGGCAGCCUUGUCCACCAGGAACCCCCCCAGACUUCAGGACUUCCGAUGUUUGGCUGUGCUGGGCCGGGGACACUUUGGGAAGGUCCUCCUGGUCCAGUACAAAGGAACGGGAAAAUACUACGCUAUCAAGGCACUCAAGAAACAGGAAGUGCUAGGCCGGGAUGAGAUUGACAGCCUGUACUGUGAGAAGCGGAUCCUGGAGACUGUAGGUCGUACAGGGCAUCCGUUCUUGCUCUCUCUCCUUGCCUGCAUCCAGACCUCCAGCCACGCCUGCUUUGUUACUGAGUUUCUGCCCGGAGGAGACCUCAUGAUGCAGAUCCACGAGGAUGUCUUUCCUGAGCCCCAGGCCUGCUUCUACCUGGCCUGUGUGGUCUUGGGGCUGCAGUUCCUACAUGAGAAGAGGAUCAUUUACAGGGAUCUGAAAUUGGAUAAUCUACUCCUGGAUGCCCAGGGCUUCCUCAAGAUUGCAGACUUUGGACUAUGCAAAGAAGGAAUUGGCUUUGGUGACCGGACCAGCACUUUCUGUGGUACCCCAGAGUUCCUGGCUCCUGAGGUUCUGACUCAGGAGGCUUACACUCGGGCUGUGGACUGGUGGGGGCUGGGUGUGCUGCUCUAUGAGAUGUUAGUGGGUGAGUGUCCGUUCCCAGGGGACACGGAAGACGAGGUGUUUGAAUGCAUAGUCAACGCUGAUGUCCCACGUCCCCACUUCCUGUCAGCGCAAGGCCUCGAGCUCAUUCAGAAGCUCCUCCAGAAGUCCCCAGAGAAGCGUCUAGGGGCAGGAGAGCGGGACGCCGAGGAGAUCAAGGUUCAGCCAUUCUUCAGGACCACCAACUGGCAGGCCUUGCUUGCCCGCACUGUCCAGCCCCCCUUCGUGCCUACCCUCUGUGGCCCUGCAGACCUUCGUUACUUCGAGGGAGAGUUCACCAGCCUGCCUCCAACCCUGACCCCACCAGUCCCCUGCCGUUCCCUCUCCGCUCGCCAACAAGCUGCCUUCCGGGACUUCGACUUUGUGUCUGAGCGGCUCCUGGAGUCCUGAGGGUCUCCUGGCACCUCUGCCGGAGUGUAGGAAGCCUCCACUUAUCCAUGUGCCUGGGCCAAAGUAUUUAAUGAGUGUGAGACUCCAGGUAGUGGCUGUGGGGCUGCCGUUCGAGGCUUUUCUCGGUGUCGCUGCUAUAACCCCUCUCCUUAUUCUUCUGCUUCCUGGUAGACCCCAGACCAGGAAAGACCCCACAGCAGCAUGGUUGGUUUCUCUUUUUAAUACUUGACUUCAUAUAGAGUAUUAAAUUAAUAAAACUGUACACUCGAGGUA